UUUGUUUUUAAAAGAAAUUGUACAAAAUAAAUAUAUAUUUAGCAUUAGAAAUGUCGUCUGCAAUAUAUCUAGAAAACUAUCUAGAUGGUUUGGAGUCACUACCCACGGAGCUGGAGAGGAACUUCAAGCUAAUGCGUAAGCUAGACGACCGAGCACAAACAGCAAUGAAAAGCAUUGACAGUCAUGCAAAGGAUUUCAUGCGCAAGCUCACAUCAAUGAAUGGUUCAAUGGAGGAAGACGAGCGAAAGGAGCGUUUGGAGGAUAUAAAAGUGAUGUUUGGCAAGGCAAAGGAAUACAGCGACGACAAAGUGCAACUGGCCAUACAGACAUAUGAGCUGGUCGAUAAACAGAUACGGCGAUUAGACAAUGAUUUGGCACGAUUUGAGGGCGAGAUACAAGAGAAGGCAUCGUCAACGCGCGCCAAAUCCGAGGAAACGGUGGUCAAGAAAGGAGGUCGGAAAAAGGCUAAGGAUAGUAAGGCGUCAGGUAAAAAGAGAAAAUCUGCCUCCUCGGACGAAGAAACUGGUAGAGGCAAUCAUUCAAACAGCGCCAGUGGGGCUAAUCUUAAUACCAGCAGUAGUGGUGGUCAAGGUAGCAAAAAGAAAAAGUCCAAGGUAAAUCAAGAAAAAGAAACACGCAAGGGGGGCGCACAAAAGAAAGUCGUUGAUCCUGAUGAUUCAGAAAAAGACUCUUGUCAUACGGCUGCAACUCAUCCCAGCGAUGUUAUGGAUAUGCCUGUGGAUCCCAACGAGCCUACCUACUGUCUAUGCCAUCAGGUGUCCUAUGGUGAAAUGAUUGGCUGCGAUAAUCCAGAUUGUCCCAUUGAGUGGUUCCACUUUGCAUGUGUGGGUCUAACAACAAAGCCGAAGGGCAAAUGGUUUUGUCCCAAAUGCACACAGGAUCGCAAAAAGAAGUAAAUCUAUUGUAAUUAUAAUUUACUGUAAGCAACAUUUGUAAUAUAUCAGUGAAUCAGAUAUACAUACAUUCAAUAAUAAUACCAACUAAAUCCGUAUUAAAUAUGACUUUAUUGAUGGUUCAAUUCUUUGUUUAUGUAAAAAUGUGUGCGUGUAUACAUUUGUAUUUUUAAUUAUAUUUUAAACACACUUGGCUGCCGUUUCGUUUUUAUAUAAUAUUAUCUUGUCUUUUACAUACAUAUAGUUCAUUUUAGAAAAGUAGUCUUUGCUUUUAAAACCAUUACCAAAAAUUUUAGCAAUUUAUUACCUAAUUAAUAAUUUGCCAAAUGCAAUAAUUUUAUAGUUUUAACUUAAUAGACUACUUAUUGUAAGUUAACGUAAAAUUCUUUUCUUUUCUGUAAUCGUUUUUCUUUAUAAUUGGUUCUGUGAACAGUUUCAAUGCUAUCUGCGUUGGGUUCCAGAUAAAACUAGGCUUCAAACAAACUAGGAAUAAAUAAGAGUACUAUGAACUAAAUAAGGUUUUGUGAGUUACACUGUGGUUGCUUGUCAACUACGGAAUUCCAUGGGAUGGGGCAUAGUAAUGAACGUAGGAAUUUUUUUAAGUCAAUCGUUAAUCGGUAUGUGCGUUUAGAUUU